AUGGCUUCAACUGGUAUGGACCAGACUCUGUGGAGCAUUCUGAAUGCCGGCGAGGGCAGAGUUGGACCAGCUGCUGGUGUCGUAGAGAGUCUCAAGCAAGUGGUUCAGCACAUGUUCGAGACCGAAGACUCACUCAACGACAUAAAAAAGGAACUGGCAAGCCUAAAGAUGGAACGUGAUCACCUCAAAUCGGUUGAAGCUGAGCUCAGUAUCGAAAACGAAAAGCUGAGAGCCGAUCACAGGGAACGGGAAGACACGAUGAGGGCUCAAAUGGAAGAAAUGAAACGCACGUACCCUUCAACCUUACAUACUCCUCAAAAAGAGAACGAUGAUUUGAUAGCUCAAUUGAUGAAGCAAAAAACGAGAGCGGAAACGGAACUUUUUCAAAUCAAACAAAACGCAAACUACCUCAGAAACGCGGAGAUUGAGCGCUUUGUAUCUGAUCUUCACAACAGAGAUUUGGAGGUCGUGGAAUUGAAGUCCCAGCUUGACAAGAAGAGCAAGGACUUAUGCGCAGCCGAAGAAGCGUUGGAUCAUGUCUGCAAUGCUCGUACAGAAUUUACAGAAAUGGAAUCCAUUGCUGACCAUGUGCUUGUAGAACUUACAGUGUCGCAAAAGUGCAAGGAUAUCUCGGAGAGUAACUUCGAGGCAGCAGAGUCGCGCAUUCGAGCUUUGAAAAUUGAUCUCCAAGACAGCAAAGAUGGUUUGGAGAAGAUGGAGGUUCAAAGAAACAAUUGGAGAUGUCAUGCAAACAACGCGCAACGUAUAGUGCUCGGUUUGCAGCAAGGCAUCUCUUCUGGAAAUGAAACUGGCCUAUGCAGAAUCAUCGUAGGCAACCCGCUCUUUUUCAAACUGGAUCAUAAAUGGCAUCCCCAUACCUCUAAUACUUGGCUCGUGGUUAUGGAUCUCAUUGAAAGCUCGAACAAGGAGUUUCCGAAGGGAUUGGAAGAGAACGCAGUGGCGGCGGCUGAAAACUCUUGCACCAUAAGCCGGUCUCCAAGCAUGAAUCAAACCGACAGACUGGCUCCAAUAUUGCCUUCAGAAUCUUGCUCACAAUGCAAACAGACGAAACAGAAUCUUUCGGCAGAGGAGGAGAAAUUGGAGAAAGCACUUAAACAACUUUACCAUGCACAAGCACAAGUGCAGGUCUUGGAACAUGAUCGGGACACUCGCGAUUCCCUGUUCCAGGCCGGAGCGGCGAUCAGAACGAAAUUUCUGUCGGAAAAUCAAGAAGGCCAUCCUAUUAUAGAAGCUAAGGAGGGUGGAGAUAUCAUGGCCGACAACGGAAACCUCCUUGCGGAUGUUAGCCUCUUCAAAAUCAAUAAAUUGAAAGUUUCUCUACACGGAGAACUGUCCAAAAAGGUCUAUGGUGUCGAUAUUGGGGCAUGGACGGAAAACACUCGGGGGAAUUUGAAUAUAGCAGCAAAUUACGAAAUGCAACCUGUUCGCCGAAUCCUCGAAUCUCGUGCCAGUAUGUCAGGUUUGGGCUGUUUCACAAAGGAAACGCCUAGUACCACAGCGGACAAUAUGUGCGUUGAAUACAUGAACGAGACUAUGGAGAUAUUGCGACGAGACCCCAAUCUUCACAAGCGCAAUGAUUGUCCCAAUUUGCAAUCAUUGAAGGAAUUGGCGAGAAAGAUGGAAAGACUCAUGUAUGAGAUUUAUAGAAUUCAAAACGACAAGCUCGGGGGUGGCGGUGUCGAGUAG